AUUAACAUAUUUUUAUUGCUGGUUUCUGCUGGGUCUCAGUUGGGUUGACAAGCAGAAGGGCUAUAGUCGUGUCCAGACAAUGUGAUUGUGAGGAACACGUCUGAGAUUUUUCUCCGAAUUAAUGUAUUUUCAAGGUUGUGUCUUCACCUUGCCAAGCAGUCACUGCCUUGAAUUACACCUCAAGUGAGGAAACACGUGCAAAAUGGCUGCUCGACAACAAAGACAAGCUAAGGAGAUUGACAUAAUUCUGCUUGGCAAAACUGGAAACGGAAAGAGCUCAACUGGAAACGCUAUCCUGGGAAGAUCUGCCUUUGCCACAAGCGAAGACGCCGAAUCCGACACGAUCUUCAGUCAGGCAUCGUACGCCUCUUUUGAGGAUGUGUGUGUCAAAGUUGUGGACUGUCCGGGAUUAUGUGACACACGCGUGAAGCGCUCUGUCGCCGCAGAGAAGUUUGUUAACGCAAUGGGUACGGCUGUUACUCUGUGUUCAGAUGGCUUCCACGCUUUGGUUCUCGUUUUAAAGUUUGGAAACCGUUAUACUGAGGAAGAGGCAUACACGGUUUUCAUGCUCAGGAGUGUUUUCGGUCCAGAUUUCAUAAAGCGUUUCUGUAUUCUUGUUUUCACUCACGGUGAGCAGUUUGAACUUCAAAACAGAGUCCAAAACACUUCUCGCAGUUUCAUGGAGUGGAUAAAUAAACAGCAGGGGGGUUUGAAGAAACUCGUGGAAGAGGUUGACUAUCGUUGUGUUCUUUUCUUCAACCUCACUAAAGAGAAACAGGAAGAGCAAAGACUGAGAUUGUUUUCGUUGGUAGAUUCACUAGGUACAGAGAACUACAGAUAUACUUCCGAGACGUUUUCUGCUGCCAAGAGAGAGCAAGAGCAGCUGAUUGCGAAGAGAAAUGCCCCAGCUAUGAGACUCAAGCUCCAGAAGCAGAUAUCUUUAGUGCAGCAGGAUAUCGAUAUGGCUAGAACGAAAAUAAGCGGAAGGAAGAACACUGCAGGCCUUGACCAAGAUUUGCAAUCUAUACUGUUGAAACUGAGCGGGCUCAAAGGGGACAUCGUUGCGAUGGAUAAAGGUUCCGGGGUACUUAACACUUUAGGGCUGACUGUAGUGAGUAUGGAGACAACUGUGAAGAGCCAAAUGGCUCUGCUGAAAGAACGGCGUGACGCUAAAGAAGCAACUCUGAAUUUGGAGAAGAAACUGAGGGAUGCGAACGAUGCGCUCAGCAGAACAGUAGGCUUUAAGAAGGACAAGAAAUUUAUAUCUGCUCUCGGAACUGUGGCGAAAAUUUUGAUGAUUCCAAUUCAAGCGGCACGCGAUGCGGAAGAUGCAAUUGGAGAAGAAGAAGAUCAGACAGCCGAUGAAGGUUUCUACUCAGUUUGACCCAUUCACUGCUUUGCCUGAGACUGCAUGAAUAUGAAUUUUGAUAAGUCUAUAGCAAUUUUGGCAGUGACGAGGUUAAAGUUUCCUUUAGUGACGCAAUUGGCUAUUUGCUUGAUGAACUAGCGGAAGCAAGUUUGUUGUCUAAUCUGGACACGGUUCAAAUUUCCUCGUUGUUCAAGAAAUAUUUUUAUUUUAUUUUAUCACUCUGUCAUGGCAUUGUUCAAAGUGACUUCUAUUAAAAUUUGCUCUCUCACAGCUUUAAUGAUACACGCAACAACAACAGAAACUAGCACAAAAAUCUUCCUUCAAACAAUCCUGUACUAUAUAGUGCGCAUGAGAAAGAUUUUAGUGGGGGUGGUAGGGGGGGGGGGUUCCCAGUUUUCUUUACGUCUCCCUUUAUCCCCGUGUACUAGCUGUGUGGGAUUCACUUGAAUGAGCAGAACACCACAGCUUGCGGUGUCAGCCUGAACCUACAGGAAUAUUUUCAGAGAUGAAAAAAAAAUUACCCUCUUGUCUCGAUAACAUCAAGUAAUAAUUAACAAUACAAUUUAACCUUUGACACUUUCCAGGGCGGCAUUAACAUUAACAGUCAAACCUGUCCAAGACGACUACUGGGGUGUGGUGGGGAGCGGUCAUCUUAGACAGGUGAUCAUCUUGGCCGACGUCAUUUUAAUACAGAAAAUUAAACACGGGAUGGAGGGGGGGGUGUGUGAAUGGUGGUCUUUUGUACAGGUAAUUGUCUAGCACGGGUGGUCGUUAAAACACAUUCGACAAUACAUUCAUGUAUAUCAUUUUGCUUUUCUUUAUACCACUAUUCGUUGCGUAUUUUCUUGGCUUCUCCUCUGGCCAGAGUGUUCUAUUAUAACGAUGAUAAUGUGUAUUAUAACAUCCUUCCCAAGCCU